AUGGUGCUACAGGAAAUUCUCGGAGAGUUGGUAGACGGCAGAAUGAAAGGUCAAGCUCGGCCGAAAUCGGUCGAUCUUAUGCUGGAGUUAGUUGUCAAGACUACCACGGGGUUUCUACCAGACAAUAAGGUCCAAACAAGCCAAACCAAAACAAGAUCGGCUUUAGAGAUAUUUCAAGAGUCUAUCAGGAACGUGGCCAACCAAGAAGCCACCCUGUUCAAGCAAUUUGAGCAAUACCUAACAGGUACUGCGGAGACGACUGAAGAGAAAGGGGGGGACCCCUCCUUCCCAUCCCUGGAAGGUGACCAUCGGUCAACAUAUAGUCAACCCGCAAACAAAACACCAGGUCAAUCUCAAGAGAGUGAUCAGAGUAAAACUCCGUUUCAUGAUAUUACUCGUGAAAUAAAGCUCCUACGCGAAGUCAAAGAUAUUCGAGACGAACUAUACAUCCUCAAGAGUCUAGUUGAGGAUCAAUCAGAGGUCUGGAAGCAAGCCUUUAAAGGUGGAGCUGCAAAUGACCAGCCCAAUUAUCUCAAAGUAGAAAUUGUGGAAAUGGCAAAAGAGGCGGCCGAUGUCCAGCGGGCCAUCGACGUCUUGUUGGACUUGAAACAGAAGCAAGCAAACAUCUCCGAAGCAAAGGAAGCAGGUGAACAGACCAAACAUUCAUCGAAGCAAAACGAUACUAUCAUGGUCUUCACUAUAGUGACAAUCAUCUUUACGCCCAUGUCUUUUCUGACCAGUGUAUUUGCGCUGAAUGUUACUGAUUUUCCGCAUCAAUCUGGCACGGUUACAUAUCAAGGAUGGUGGAUAUUUCCGAUUAUAUUCGGGGUGUCGUUCGCCGUAUCGGCGAUUUUUAUCAGCUUUGCCUUCAAUGCCAGCUGGGUCAUGGAGGCAUUUCGUCAAUGGAAAAUCUUCAAGGAGAAAGAAAAGAAAUUGCAUCAUCGACAAACAUCGCUGGCCUCCUCUUCCGAAUCAUCCGAAUCAACCAGCACUCCUUCAUCUACCAAGCAGAGCAUCCGAGAGAAGACUAGUGCGAAGGAGACUAGUAUUCAAACACAGAGGUUACCACGAUACCGUUGGCUGCGGUCGAGGGAUAUUCCUGAUGUUGAACAACAAUGA